ACUUGAACGCAUCACUUUUAGGGCUUUCUCCUGUGUGCAGCGCGCGCCUCAGACGCAGAGAGGAACGCCGCGAAAUGCCCAUCGAUCUGAGCCAGUGGUCCGGGGCUCUGGCCCUGCAGGAGGUGGAGGAGAAGCCCGCGGUGCCUCUGGUGGUGAAGUACGGUUCUCUGGAGAUCGACGAGCUCGGGAAAGUGUUCACUCCCACGCAGGUGCAGAAUAGACCCACCAGCGUGGAGUGGGACGGAUGUGACCCGAGUAAACUGUACACUUUGGCUUUGACCGACCCGGAUGCUCCCAGCAGGAAAGACCCCAAAUUUAGGGAGUGGCAUCACUUCUUGGUGGUGAACAUGAAGGGCAACGACGUGUCCUCCGGCUGCGUCCUGUCAGACUACGUGGGCUCUGGACCCCCUAAAGGCACAGGUCUGCACAGGUACGUGUGGCUGGUGUACGAGCAGCCCGGCAGCCUGUCCUGCUCCGAGAAGGUCCUCACCAACCGCUCCGGAGACGGCCGAGGAAAGUUCAAGAUCCAGACCUUCAGGCAGAAAUACAACCUGGACGCUCCGGUGGCGGGAACCUGCUACCAGGCCGAGUGGGACGACUACGUCCCCAAACUGUACGAACAGCUGGCCGGAAAGUAGAAACACCACGAAGGUCCAAUAUAAAAAGCUGUAAAGCAAAACGCUUCAUCAAAGUCGCCUGCAAUAAAUCCAAACACCCACUUUC